UUUUUCUUCUAGCUGAAACCGUCAUCCAGAUCAACUUCUUGGAAUCGAUAAAGCUUCUUUCUAUCACGCCUGGACUUUGUUUGUCUCGUCCAGCUUCGCCGCCUCUCGAGAAUCCCUCAGCCUUACCGGAAUUGUUAAGAGGGUCUAGAUUCGGCCACCGACUCCGGCUUCUGACGUCAGGCCUGAGGCAGCCCGCAGCAGCCCAGUCAAUCUACAAUGGCGCUAUUAUUUCUGAAGCAGAAGCUCUUCCCGAGCGAAAAGCAAAAACAGGCCCUUCCAUAUGGCAAACCACUGCUUUCCAAUGAAGAUUCCGAUGCUCUGCCGACCGAGCAAGACCUCGAAGCUCAACGGUCUUACUCUACCUUCCGCGCCUCAUCUCCCGUUUCCGACACCGACAGCACCGCCGCCAGCACGAGCAGUUCGCGAUCUCGAAUCAACCCACGCAUCGUAUCCGAUGCCAUUCUAGGUUUAUCAGAUGGCUUGACGGUACCGUUUGCACUGAGUGCUGGUCUCUCGGCGCUGGGAAACACUAAAGUCGUUGUGCUUGGUGGUUUGGCCGAAUUGACCGCGGGUGCCAUUUCUAUGGGCCUGGGAGGAUAUGUCGGUGCGAAGAGCGAAGCUGAAUCUUACGAAACCACCGUUCGUGAAGCAAAAGAACUCAUCGACACAUCACCAGCCGAAACAAGCUCCAUCGUCCAGUCCAUCUUCGCUUCCUACCGUCUCCCCGAAGAUGUCAUCAACCAGAUUAACAUGUCCCUCCACUCCUCUGAAGACCGCCUUCUCGACUUCCUGGUCAGCUUUCACCACAAGGAAUCCGAGCCUGACUGCAACCAGGCCUGGAUCUCCGCCAUCACACUCGCGCUGGGCUACUUCGUCGGUGGUUUCAUCCCGCUCAUCCCAUACUUCAUCGUCGACCAAGUGAUCGUGGCCUUGUACAUGAGCAUCGGAGUUAUGGCAAUCACGCUGCUGGCCUUCGGAUACAUCAAGACAUGUGUGGUGCGCGGCUGGUCCGGGCGCGACAACGUUGUCGCAGGCAUCAAGGGAGGAAUACAAAUGUGUUUCGUGGGCGGAGUAGCAGCCGGAGCAGCGAUUGCCUUGGUCCGGUUGAUCGACACCGGCGGAGCGUAAUCUCCCAACUCCAA